AUGAGCUGGUACGACGAAUGGCUCUCUCGACAGCUGCAGAAUCUACCUCACAGUCUUGUGCAGCUCCGAGUUGGAACAUACAAGAUUCAAGACAAACAGAGCCUAGAUACUCUUUUUCAGGGCAUUGAGGACUAUUAUGCGCGGGAAACUGAAGGGGUCUCUAUCGAUGAGAUCACGGAAUAUUUACGAGAAACCGGAGUCUUUGAUCACACAAGAGCGCUACACGACCACCAAACGCUUCUUGUCUUCGCUGCUCUUGGUUGGCGGUCUAUGUUAUAUCAAGCUGCUUUCAACGUCUGCUCAAUGCAAGAGUUAGCUAUCCAUCAAGAUUCCGACCAACCACAGUCAGGUCUUGUUUUUGAUAUGUAUAAAGUAUCGGCUGAGCUUUCAGACCGCCCAAUGUCUGUUCUACUGAAAGCUUUCGGCCACCUCCUACCGGCACGAUCCUCGAAUUCUCACUAUCUUGCAAGUGAGACUGGCAGCAUAGCAUCUGUCUGGCAGCCCUUGCAUCCCGAAGAGACCAACGCAUACCUACUUCAUGUCUUGCUUCGUGUCCAAAUACGAUGGGUCGAUACGCUAGCACUUCACCUUGACUAUGACAAGAGCACUAAGACUUUAUCACUCUUCAGAUAUCCGUCAUUUUGUCUUGAGAUGCUUCGAUCCCACGGGUUGAUCUACUCCUUUUCCAGUAUUGAAAGCUUUCCAGAGGAUCCUCGUGCCAACGAAGAGGAAAUUACGCAAUUUCUACAAGAGGUGCUUUUAUCCUAUCGUCUUCUUUUUGCGCAGUCAGCCCCAUCGAGGAAAAUCUUUCGCCAAAUGUAUACGAUGUCAGAUUUGCAGAACUACCCGACCGAUUCCCUGCUUUUUCAGUUGUGCACCCAAAAGCGGAUUGGACAAAGGUUGACAAUGCUUCCAGCUGACAAGCCACUCUAUUUCGCUGCCCGAGACUUUCCUGUGCUGUAUGACCGAAUUGAGCUCAUGGCAAAUGAUCUCAAGGACGCAAGGCCAAGCUCAAUCCUCAGUCUAAUGAGAGACAGACGUGAUACUUUGAAGUACUGGACAUUUUGGCUCGUGGCUAUUUUCGGUGGCAUCAGCAUUUUUCUGACCUUGGUCCAAGUCAUCUUACAGGGAGUGUCAAUGCUAUAA